AUGCGGUACUCACGGGGGCGGUGCAUCCGAACUGGUGGGUCGAGAUUUACAGGAACGUCAAACUAACCAUUGUCAUGAAUGUUGUGGCACUGACGAUUGUAAUAAACAUCUUUGCGAACAUCUCAAACCUACUGCAUGCAUAGAUGACGUCAAAAUCGACUGUGCUUUUCUGAACACGGUGACAAAUAUAUGUGAAGACAUCCACCACGCAAAAACAAUUUGUCCUCGGUUUUGUGACCUCUGCUCUCUGGUUGACGGAAUGUGGUCUGAAUGGACAGCAUGGUCCGCGUGUGACGUCACGUGUGAAAAUGGAACACAGACACGGACUCGAACAUGUUCAAACCCUCCACCAGCGAACGGGGGAUUAAAUUGUUCUGGCAGCGCAACAGACGUGAAAGAAUGUCAUAAACAGCUUUGUCCCGUGCACGGCGGAUGGACAAAGUGGUCUGACUGGGAGACAUGCUCUGUCAGCUGUGAUACUGGAAUACAGAAACGUCAUCGUAACUGUACAAAUCCUUAUCCUUCACGGUUUGGGAACCAUUGCUUCGGGGACGCGGUAGAUGACCGGCUAUGUAUGCCAGGACCAUGUGCAAACGGUGGUUGGUCUCAGUGGGGUCAGUGGAGCAGCUGCAGUGUGUCAUGUGACCGUGGAGUACGUUUCCAAUCAAGGACGUGUACAAAUCCCAGGCCUUCCUUAAAUGGAAAGUAUUGUGAUGGCAUAGACAUACAUAUUUCAGCUUGCAACAACAAUUCUUGCGUUCCGAGCGUAAUCUUUAAUGCAUACAAUGUGACAGACUUAAGUCCUGCCGCUGGUCAAACUAUGAUAUUUAGCAAUAUUGUCGUUAAUGAAGGUGGGGCUUACAGUGCUUCUACAGGAGAAUUCACAGCCCCAGUUGACGGAACUUAUUCUUUCAGCGCACAGUUAUGUAUUGUGCAUCAAAAAAAUUUAUAUUUUGACAUUAAGAUUGGGGGUAGAACUUAUGCUUCUACUCACGGACAAGAUUAUUAUGGAGUUGAAUGCAAACAGAUUCAAAUUGCUGCUAAAGUAAAGAAAAAUGAAAAGGUAAUUGUACAAUGGACGACUACAACAUUCACAAGCUCGUCUUUACAGCAGGAGGGCAGUACUGGUUCUUUCCAGGAAGAUGGCGUCCCGUGUAUUGGUCAUUCAUUGUGGGCAGGAGGCGUGUCCCACAAAGUUGUAGCUGCUGGACCUUACAGAAUCAAAUUCUGUUACGACAACAUGCAAACUGCAGCAGAGUGCACCACUGAAUUCUUUAGCACCAUAAAAUGA